AUGGCCAAGCUAGCAGUUCUGAUCCUCCUCAUCGCCACCGCGGCUGUCGCCUCGGCCUACACCUACAGGGGGGACGAGUGCGAGCGCGAGGUGGAGCAGCAUAUGCCGAUGUCGAGCUGUAUGAGGUGGGCAGAGAGCAAGAUGAGGCGUGGGCCCUAUGCUGACGCGUACGACCGCCGCCGCGGUGGGGAGGAGGAGCAUUUGGAGGAGUGUUGCUCGGAGCUGAGGCGGGUGAGCUCGCAGUGCAGGUGCGGGGCGGUGAAGGAGAUGAUGAUGGAGAUGCCGCAGCAGGUGGAGAUGCAGAGGAUGAUGUGCUCUCUCCCCACCAUGUGCCGGAUGAGCCCCUGCGCCUGCCCCCGCUUCUUCGAAUGA